GUGAACUACGUGUUGUCGUGGCUGAGUGUUGUGGGUCCUGUGGUGGGUCUGGACGUCCCUCUGAAGUACGCCACCAAGCUCCAACCUGCAGCGUCACUCAGCAGUACAGAGCCAGAAUGAGGCUGCACCUGCUCUGUGUCAGCGCUCUCUGUCAGCUUCGCUGUGGAGUUUCUCUGUAGGGAGGCCUGAUUAUCAACCGGGUAGUCUCGCAUUGCCAGACCUAACUCAACAGAUCUAUUGGCUUCAAAUGGCUGCGAUGCUGCUGCCCCAGCAGACGAUAGAGGAGAACAGAGCCUGGCCACAACAGACUGGAAGAAGGAACUUAGCGUCUGCUCAUCCCCUUCUCUUAAACGGCAAUGCUGUUGAUUUCCCAGUUUGGAAUAAUUAGUAGGAAGACAAGACAGGAGAGGAUGGGUGAGAGAGAGGACCAUCAGAGAGAGCGCAGGGUGGACAGAGGCACGGGAGAAAGUAACCGUAAAGAAGACCUUUAUCUGGGCUUUUUAACUAAACAACACCUGAUCAUGAUAUCUGUGGCUGUUGGACUUGUCAUCCUGGUGAUUAUCAUUACUGUCACAGCCGUGCUCGCCACAAAGCAAGGUUCCUCGGCAUCUCUGCCCCCGUUUCCUACUGGUGGAGACAUGCUGCACUUCCUGGUUCAGUCGGGUGAGGUCAGUGAACCUGACGGUCUGUUGGCUACCUGGUUUCACCGAGCGAACACUAAGGAGGAAAUGAAUAAAGCUCUCACAAGUGAUGCUAUGAUCCUGGAGGCAGACAUCACUGUGCACGGUUACGGGACCCCCAGUGAGAAGCCGAUCCCUAUCAUGGCCCACCCUCCUGACAUCUAUAGUGACAACACUCUGGACCAAUGGCUGGACGCUGUGCUGGCCUCUAGAAAAGGCAUCAAGUUGGAUUUUAAGUCUCUGGAAUCAGUGGGUUUGUCAUUGGACCUGCUUCGUCAGAAGAACACUAGCAGAGGAAUAAACAGGCCUGUGUGGCUGAAUGCUGACAUCCUUAAAGGUCCCAACAUACCAGACUUCUUGCCUCCAGUCAAUGGAACCGGAUUUCUGCUGUUGAUUCAGGAGAAGUUUCCAGAUGCCACGUUGUCCCCUGGAUGGAAGGUGGCCUACUCUCCUCCAUUGUUCGUUGCGACCUACACCAGGUCCAUGGUGGAAGAAAUGUACGCUAUGGUCAAAGAUGUCCCCCAAAAGGUGACAUUCCCGGUCCAUGCCUUGCUGGUUCGCAGUGGCUGGCAGCACAUCAGCUGGCUCCUCAGCCAGUCACCACGGUUCAGCCUGACAUUGUGGCAGGGUUCCAUUCGACCAAACAUCAACGACCUGCUGUUCGUCCGUGAGAACAGCCACCCGACCAGAGUCUACUACGAUAUAUACGAACCAACGCUGGCUGAAUUCAAGCAGGCUGCAAAGCAGCAGGGCCUUCUGAGGAGGUUCUACCCUGGAGGAGACCUGAUGGACUUCCUCUAUCCCAUUCACAACCCUGACUUCCUGUCCGCAGCCACACAACGCAACAGCCUGGCAGUCCGUUGGGUUACAGUCACUGACCGAGCCUCCCUGUUGGCUCCGCUUUCAGAUGGGGAUGGUGGUAUGCUGUUAAUUCAGGUGACUGCUGCCAGGAACCAGCCUGACAUCCCUCUGCUAGAAGGUUCUGGGAAGAGCUCCGAGGCCCUCACACUGCAGGAAAUCCUGCAGCUGCUCGGACAGAGAGCUAAUGCCCCCUGGGGUGUUCACCUGCGGAUCCACACUCAGCAGCUUCUGGAAGCUUCUCUCAAACUGCUGCACUCAGCCUACAGCGACGAGAACCUCUACAGGCCGGUCUGGAUCAGCAUGGGGGGUUCGCAGAGCACUGACCACAUCACGGAGUUUGUAUCGGCCGUAGAGAGGCUGUUCCCUUACGUAACCCUGGUCCUGUCAGAGCAGAACUGGCCUCCUCGGGUCCCAGUGACAGGCUUGUCCCAGAGGGUGGCGCUAUAUCUGAACACAGCAUCACUGCCUGAAGGACAGGAGGCACGUGACUCUCUAAUGGCAAUGAUGGAUAGAUACGACCUCAUAGUAAAGGAUACCAAAAGCCGUGCUGGAGCUUUCGAGGUCUUUAAAGGACUCAUGAGCCAGCGUACAGGCGGAGCAAACACAAACCUGUAUGUGAUAUCUGAUCGUUCCUAACGGGAUGGAUGCCAAUGAUCCAAAAAUACGUAAAUUGUCAUUUAAAGGAUAUUUGUGUUAUACAGUUGCUUCUUAAAAUGACAGACAUAUUUGAAGGCUAAUGUUAUCAGCUGAUACUGGCUCGUUACUGAACGAUCAGUGUACAGUGUGGGUGGGGGGGAGGGAUUAUUGUACAUAAUGCCAUAAAGUAAAGCAUGAGUCUUAUUUUGCACUAAAAUAAAACAAAUACCUG